UUCAGGAUCGAGACCGCUUCUGCGUCUUGUCUGUCUCCUGCAAGAAGAAGGCCGGUUGGUGGGUUCGUUUCGACAGAAGAGAGGAAGAACGGGUUUGUUUCUGUCUCGCCUUCUCCAGAGUCCUUGGAAGAGCUCUUCUUCAAGAUGGCGCCAAGUAAAUACUGGUCGUGCUUUGUAGGGGUCUUCCUCACGUUGUCCACAGGCCUCCUGCAAGUCGAGAGCCAAGGAUUUCACGGAAUUGGAGGCAACUUCUGCCGUAUCAGGCAACCCUCCGGGUGUUGCGAUGGCCGCAUGGACUCCUGCCAGGUGCCAAUCCAGGACACCUUCUGCUACUGCGACGAGUUCUGUAUGGUCAGCUGGGAGCGCGAGGACAGCGACUGCUGCCCGGACUUCUACGAAGUCUGUCUGGGCUGGAAGUGGAACCACACGCUGCCUGAUGUUGGCUCCAAUGACGACUUUCCUGAGGCCAACAGACCAAAAGCUACCUGCGCCAGAGAUUUCAAUGUUGUACCACACGGGGAAUCUUUACAGAUCAACUGCAAUGAAUGCUACUGCGACGACGGGCUAUUAGAGUGUCAGGAAGACCUGUGCAUGACGGAAGAAUUCAUCGUGUCAGCCAUCAACAAGUCUCCAGGCAAGUACGGCUGGACUGCAACCAUGCAUUCCAAGUUCGAGGGCAGAAAGGCCCAAGACGGUCUCAGGCUUAGGACGGGAACAUUCGGCCCUCAGGACAAGUCGCACGAAAUGCACCCGAUUCGACUCCACCCGGACCUCUCCAAGAUUCCAGAGAGAUUCGACGCCAGGAAGAAAGUUGAGUGGGCAGGACGCGUAGCUGAAGUCUCCGACCAAAGAUGGUGCGGAUCCUCGUGGGUGUUCUCCACCCUCGGAGUAGCCCAGGACAGGCUAUCGAUUCUGGCCAAAGAUCAGGAACGUAUGGAACUGUCUGCCCAGAGUAUCCUCAGCUGUGCGGAACUAGGUCAGAGGGGCUGUGAGGGAGGUCACAUAGAAAGGGCUUGGAAUUAUCUGAGAGCACAGGGCAUUGUAAGGGAAGAAUGUUACAAAUACGAGAGCGGACACUCCGGGAACGUGCCCAAAUGUCUCAUUAAGGGGAAUGACCUUUCAAAGCUUACGUGUCAGGCCAAGGAUCGAUAUAGGUUCGAACCCGCGUACCGAAUUGCUGGCAAGGAGGAGGACAUCCAGUGGGAGAUCAUGCACAAUGGACCUGUUCAAGCCCUGAUGACCGUUCACGCCGACCUCUUCAUGUACAACAGCGGCAUCUACAGCUAUUCCGGUCUUACUGCCGAUCUUCUGAAGGGAGGCGACUCGGCAACUCAUUCUGUAAGGAUCAUCGGCUGGGGGAGCUCCCGAAUAAUGGGUUCGAACGCCCCCACCAAGUACUGGGUCGUGGCCAACUCCUGGGGAUCCCAGUGGGGCGAAGGAGGCUACUUCAGGAUCAAACGAGGGACGAACGAGUGUGGAAUCGAAUCCUUCGUCCUUGCCUCCCGCGCCAAACUUGCGAACGUCAUGGACGGCAUUAAAGGGGACUAUUAGUACCGAAGGUCAUUAAUUGUCCCAGAGGCCACUUUCAGUUCAUUAAUUAAGCAGUAACAAGUAUGAAAGGCCAUCAUUAGCUUCGUCAACAUAAUUGUUCCAUGUAUUUUUUAUUUACUUUUCAUGUUUUCCUGAUAAUUCUUUUAAAAUUCAUUUCAUUUAUAAGAUAUCAACAAAGCACUUACUUAUAUUUUGUCUCAUGGAGGCCGUCCGCCACGAGCUUUAUUAUUAUUAUUAUUAUUAUUAUUAUUAUUA